AUGAUCAAAAAUCCUAUUUGGCGACGCUCCACAACGAAGGGCAAGAAGAAGCAGAAGCCGUCGGUGUCCCCGCAGCCGUCACCUCGUACCCCCCUCUCUCGCGCCCGUGAAGGCACCGGCCCGUCCACCGCUGCAGCGGCAGCGGCUCGGUACCCGGCGCUCGUACCCCGUGGAGGCGCCGGUUGUUUCACCGGCACCGUCUUCGAUGUGGUCUCCAGGGGCGGGAUUCGUGGUGGUGAGGGGAGGCUCUGGCUCUCCGGGGACGCCAUGGCCAGCUCCGGGCUGCGGCAUGGGUGUCUCGUCUCUGUGUCACUCAUUUCUUCAAGUAGUAACAGUUUAGAUGAAUUCCCACUUGAUAGCUUAUUUGAGGAGUGCACCAGAUUCUUUGAUCUUGAUGUGGACAAUGAUCUCAUCUCUAAUGAAGCUGGGGUGAACUUUGUGACUGCCAAAGUUUUCCCUUCAUGUGAGGUUCAAAAGAAUGGCAUCAAGCUCUCUUGGGACCUUGCCUGCACGCUGGGAUACCCUGUAGUAGGACGUCCUUUGUUAAUUAGCCCCCUAUAUACAUCUCAAGCCCCAAAACAAACUGAUGGUGGUGAGUUUUUGAGGGUGAUAAAAUGCAGCAAUCUCUACCUUAGUCUAGUUCCACCAAAAGUUGCACCAUCCAACCAUAAUAAGUCAGAGUCUGAUUGCCAUCCUGUAAGAAAUGUGAUGGUUACGGAGUCACCUAAAAGGAUUCCUUCAACUUCUCCAUGCAGAAAUGAAUCCCAUGACGGUGCAUCUUACAGUGGUUCUUCAUUGUGCUUGGAUCAAGCCACUGCAAAAUCAGUAUUGGCAGAUGAUAAAAUAAAUGACUUGCUGCAGACUUCUGCAUCACGGUGGCUCGGUGGUAGGCACUUACUGAAAGGAAACUACGUUCCUCUCCCAAUGUGCGGGAAACUAUCUAUGUUCAUAGUUUUGUGUGCAGAAACAGAUGGUUCUGCCCUGGAUGUAGUGCAUGAGAAAAGCAAUUCAAUGUCUAAUGCAGAGGUCUCUGGUAAAUUGGUUGGAAUCCCUGCUUUGUUCCUUGUUGACAGAACCACAAAAGUGCACCUUUCUGAUUUGUCAUCUUCAAAGGAGUUUGGGUCAGAUAAGCUAGGGUUCCCACCAGAAUAUUCCAUGUGUGCUGAUACAGGAAAUGAAGAUACCAAUCAUAACCAAAGGCUUGGUGGGUUAUCUGAAGUGUCAGCAAAAGUAAAAGAAAUGAUUUCAUUUUCGCUGGCAGAUCAAAUUAGUCUGCCGAGGAAUGGUUUGCAUGAUUUACCAAGGUAUAAAGGUAUUCUUCUUUAUGGUCCACCUGGAACAGGGAAAACCUCUCUUGCUUCUUCAUGUGCCUAUGAUCUGGGCGCCAAUCUUUUUACAAUCAAUGGACCAGAGAUCAUUAGUCAGUAUCACGGUGAAAGUGAACAAGCAUUGUAUGAUGCUUUCACUUCAGCUAAGCAAGCUGCACCUGCUGUGAUAUUUAUUGAUGAAUUGGACGCGAUUGCUCCAGCCAGGAAGGAUGGAGUCGAGGAGUUAUCUCUUAGAAUGGUUGCCACUCUGUUAAAACUGAUGGAUGAGAUUGGCCGUAAUGAUCGUGUUAUCCUGAUUGCUGCUACAAAUCGGCCUGAAAGUAUUGAUCGUGCAUUACUGCGCCCAGGAAGAUUCGAUCAAGAAAUUGAAAUAGGAGUACCAUCUCCAGGACAGAGGCUGGACAUACUUCACCUCCUUCUAAGUGGAGUUCACCACUCUCUCACUAGUGAGGAAGUUGAGUGCCUUGCUUUUGCCACUCAUGGAUUCGUGGGUGCUGAUCUAGCUGCACUCUGCAACGAGGCUGCAUUGAGUGCUCUUCGCCGUUAUAUCAGUGUAAAAGAAAGUUCAACGCAACCACUUGGUGAUCGUGCCACACAUGCAGAAAAGACUAAUAUUCAAGAAAUUGAUGGCAUUUUGGGUUAUGAAAUAAGCUCAUUAUCAUCAUCUCUCUCAAAGUUAACCAUGUCAACGGAGGAUUAUAGCUGGACCAAUAGAGGUGAUAUCAUAGAAAGUAGCGAGCUGGAUGAUAAGAAAGAUGAGUUGCUAUUGUUGGUGACUGAAGAUGACUUUGAACAAGCUAAAAUGAAAGUUAGACCAAGUGCAAUGCGUGAGGUAAUGCUAGAGCUUCCGAAGGUACAAUGGGAAGAUGUUGGUGGUCAAGCCAGGAUCAAGAAGCAGUUAAUUGAAGCCAUCCAGUUGCCACAGAAAUGCCCGGACGCAUUCGAACGCUUAGGGAUCCGCCCUCCUAGAGGAUUGUUAAUGAUUGGACCACCAGGUUGCAGUAAGACAUUGAUGGCUCGCGCCGUAGCUUCUGAAGCAAAGAUGAAUUUCCUUGCAGUUAAGGGUCCUGAGCUUUUCAGCAAAUGGGUCGGUGACUCUGAGAAGGCAGUGAGAUCAUUAUUUGCGAAGGCAAAGGAUAAUGCGCCUGCAAUAUUAUUUUUUGAUGAAAUAGAUGGGCUUGCAGUAACUCGUGGCCAUGGAAGUAAUGGCAUAUCUGUUGCUGAUAGGGUACUCAGUCAGCUGCUACAGGAAAUGGAUGGUUUGGACCAAAAGAUUGGUGUCACUGUUAUUGCAGCUACGAAUCGUCCUGACAAAAUCGACAUUGCACUUCUGAGACCAGGUCGUUUCGAUAGACUGCUUGAUGUUCAGCCACCAGAUGAAGCUGACCGUGAAGAUAUUUUCCGGAUUCAUACACGCAGCAUUCCCUGCAGUCACGAUGUUAAUCUAAACGAACUCGCUAGACUCACAGAAGGCUACACCGGUGCCGACAUAAAGCUCGUCUGCAGGGAAGCCGCUGUAGCUGCUCUUGAUGAGAACUUUGACAUCCCAGAAGUAGCAAUUACACACUUCAAGUCGGCAAUCGACCGAGUAAGUCCAUCAGAUAUGAAGUUUUACCAAGAACUCGCGGCACGAUUCCGCCGACUCGUUGAUGACACAGAUAAAGCAACUUUGCCCGGAACACAUAUCGAACCUGCCAUUUAG